AGGAAGGGCGUCGAAAAGAAAAAAAAAGCGAGGGAAAGAGGAUUAAGGUAGAGGAAGAAAAGAGGAAGUGGAGAACGAAGAAGAGGAAGAGAAAUUGGAAGGAAGUGAGGAUCGAAGGAAGGAAGACGCAUGCACGGAAUGCACUCACGCGCGUCAACGCUGCUGGACAACGCGAGAGGGAGUAACUGAGAGAGAGAGAGAGAGAGAGAGAGAGAGAGAAAGGAUCCCCGAGGGAGACACGUAAUAUAAAGGAAGACAAGGGAAAGAAACGGGAGUGCGGAUGGGAAACUGUACAUAAGGUGGCUGUCAAUUUGAUAUGGAAUCAAGAAUGCCUGGAGGUGCGCUGAUUAUAAAUGAAUAUUGUUGGCACGUCGGAUUGGUGUUUCGUCCUUCCGGAUGGUCGCUUAUCGAGUUGUGCACGUUGUUGUAAAUUGUUUCACGUUGUCUGUGGUGUUUGAGAAUCGACGUCGGGAGACGUGAACGUUUAAGUGCGUCGGCACGCGGCGGCAUUAUCGCGCGAGGCCGCACGACGAAAAAGCCGACGAAAGGCCGCACAUUGUACCGGACCGAUAGAGCAAGGUGGCCCCGACAGUCUCCUGCCAGCGAGUCCGCCGGACGCCUUCAGGCAAAGCGUCCCUCGAAAUUCGCGGACGCGGGAGAAGCGCGAGAGGGCCCGAGGGAGGGAGAGAGGCCGAACGAGAGAGGAGAGAGGAGAGAGGAGAGGGCUCGUGCAUCGGCGACAGACUGCACUCAGGGCGCAAGCGUCCACGUGUGUGCGUUCCUAUGCCCUAACCCUGUCCCACUCCUAGUGAGUGCUGCGUCCUCCACUAGUCCCACUCCGUACUCGCUCCCACUCGCACGGCACGUCAACCCCCUCUGAGGUUUCCACCACUGCUCCACCGCUGUUGCUAUUACCACUACCAUUACCGCCACAACUACUACGACGACAACUGCUACCGCUGGCACUACUAUUACCAGCGUCCGAAAACCCCACCAGGCGUCGGCGUCCUUUCCCCCUCCACGCUUCCCAGUCGUCGACGAAACCGACGACGACGACAACGCGACAUCCCUUCCAGCCUUACCAGCCGCUACUCUUGGCGCACGCUACGUCACGCGUGACGUCACCGGCUCCACAUACAAACGCCCAACGGCAAAACGUACACACGGGAGCGCCCAUAUAUCCCGACACGAGUCGCAUCGUGUCCAUCGACACACGAGCGUCCCGACGCCUACGUACACGCACGUGCGUCGUCACGACGCCGCUGCUGCACUUCCUUGCCCGCUCUCUCACGCAUGCUCCUCGUCGCACGCACGGACGAGCUAUCAGCCUCUACCCCGGCACCAGGAGCCGCGAAGCUCCAGCAUCAAGGCGCCCAAGAGAGAGAGAGAGAGAGAGAGCGCGCGAGAGAGCAGGAGAGGGAGAGAGAGCGGAGAGAAAGAAGGACGGAAGGAAGCUGAACGGACUGACGGAGAGGAGGAGUAUAUACGGAGAAGAGGCUGGAGAGAGAGAGAGAGAGAGAGUGGGAGUGGGAGAGAGAGAGGGAGAGAGAGGGAGAGAGCGUGCGCUCGUAUCCACGCGGGAACACGAGGCAGCAGGCGCACCCGGCCGGCACACAUAUACAUCCCUAAGAUGUGAUUUCAAAAAUGGCGGAUUGCCCCUAUGCCCGCUGCAUACAGGAACGCAGGCACAUUCGACGGGAGCUGCUGCGAUGGACAAAGAAUAUGGUCUUCGUUGUCGGUUUGGAACGGGUAGCGGAAGAGUUGAUGGGCCGUAGGAGAUGGAAGCAAUACCAGGACACCCUGUACAGCAGCACUCGGAGCGAAUCAGCAACGCAACCUCACCGGCUCUACCCGGCGUCCUCGUGCAACCCCCCCGGCUCGAACCAAGGUCACCGUCAGAUAUCGGGGCCGCUGACGGUGAAGCAAGAGCCGCGGCUUCCGAAUCACGUCGACGAGGAGCCACGGCGUCUCAGGUCGGAGGAGAUCAAGGUCGAGGUCGAGCUCGAGGCUGCGGAGGUGACACGGGACCAGGUCCUGGAGGAGGACGACGACGAGGAGGAGGAGAAGAAGCUCAAGCUCGCCGAGGACGCGGACCGAUCGGUCAGCCCUCUGAGGGAGGUGGACCGUCAUCCAUCCCAAGAGAGGGAUCCGGUCAACGUCGCGGACACGGAAGGGACCAAGGAACGGAUAGAGAAGCUCGCGUUGGAGCGGACACCCGCGACGCAGGGCUUACUGAGGGUGAAGAAGGAGGAGGAGCUCCAGGAGGCACCGAGCUCUGCAGUCUGUUUAGUGACAGGAGAGACGGAAGUGAGCGGGUCAGGGCCCAAGGAGGUGGUCAACACGCCGGAGAGCAUCGUCGGCGCGGUACCAUUCCUCGGAAGCAGACGAGCGAGUCCGCCACCCGAGGAUUGGAAACCCCUGGACAAAUGUUACUUCUGUCUCGAUGGCAAGCUGCCACACGACGACCAGCCGCCCCUUAGCCCUCAGAGUGACAGUAGCAGCAGUUCACGAUCGGCCGAGUCCCCGAUGUCGGUCCAAGUCGACCCCAUGGCAGCAUCCGUGGUGGCAGCAGCCCUUAGCGGCACCUACCCCACCUUACUGCCUCAAUGGUGUCUACCCCCGAGGGAAGCACCCCUCGUGGGUAUCCCGACACAUCAAGAAAGUGCCCCGGCAGUUGAUCAGCCUCUCGACCUCUCGGCUAAACCUAAAAACUCUCAGGACAACAACAUAUCCCUAUUGGAACAACAAAAAAUACCUCUCAGGAUGCCGGCAGGCAUCGAUCCCAAGAGCAUCUUCAACUCGUGCUACCGUGCGAAACCACGGCUGACCGGUCCGGCCGGAGUUGGCGGGGUCCCCGUGGUGGGUGCUGCUGGUGGCCGUAGGACCUACACCGAGGAGGAACUGCAAGCCGCCCUCAGGGACAUUCAAAGCGGCAAGCUGGGCACUCGCAGGGCUGCAGUUAUUUACGGGAUACCUAGGAGCACUCUGAGGAACAAGGUCUACAAGCUCGCGAUGGAACGCGAAAGGGACGCCUCCCUGACUAGCACCCAUUCACACCCUCACGAGCCUGGCGUCCCAGCCACACCAAAUACAACCCAAAACGCCUCCGCAACCAGUCCGCCCCCGCAAGUGGAUGAGGUGGACGAUAAGGAGCUCUCUGGGGCGGAAGAGGAGAAGGAAGUUGAGAAGGCGUUACUGAAGCCCCUACUGUCGUUAGAGGACCUUGUGAGGUUCUCAGCCCUGGAGGGUAGCGGUGGCGAUUCCCUGAGGACGUUGCUGCAGCGUGGCCAGGAAACGGGUACCGAGUGGCCGGGAUUCGAACACGCAAAUAUCGGUCCAUACAUUCAGAAGAUGCUGGCAGUUGCAGGACCUUUCAAAGGAGGUAUGGAAACGCAGGACUAUAGGAUCCCCGAAGUGAUGCGAAGGCUCAUGAGCGAGGAUAAGAAAUUGAAUAAGGAUGUGAAUGGCGAUCAGCAUCAUCCACAGAGCCAGGUCCAUUCGCAGCAACAGUCCCAGCAGCAAACGCAAUCACAAGUGACGCACCAACAGGCACAGCAAGUGCGCAGACCCAUCACGAACGAUGAUUUUAAUCCCAGUAUAGAAGAAGAGGCGAGCGACAGUGCUCAAAGUAGAGCGAUACUGAAAAUUCCGUCCUACAAACCGGCAAGUACGCCGGGAUCGAGCAAAAACGGGGAGCCAACCUCAGCGGCGUUCGCGCAGAGCUUCGCCGCGACCGCUAGCAGCGCCGCCGGAAGUCCAGGUCUCCUGGAGCGCGUCAGUCCCGCCUAUUCCGGCACUAGCAGUCCCACGAAUUCCCUGGUGGGCAAGGGUGUCGGGGUGAACUUCCGGGACGUCAUUGCUAAAAGUAUUAGCGUUAAAUUCCAGGAAGGUCAGGGAGGCCUGUCGCAGGGUGUCGUGCAGACGCCUAUGAUGGUCGACCCGAAUCCCUUCAAAAGAGGAAGGUACACGCCUCCUCAACCACCUCAGUCACAACCACCGAAACCAACUCAGGAUAACAAACCGAAACCCGGGACUGGUGGCAAAGGCACAAGGCCGAAACGUGGCAAGUAUCGGAAUUACGAUCGCGACAGUCUCGUUGAGGCUGUGCGAGCUGUUCAGCGCGGUGAAAUGAGUGUUCAUCGUGCGGGAAGUUAUUAUGGAGUACCACAUUCCACUUUGGAGUACAAAGUCAAGGAAAGACAUUUAAUGAGACCGCGAAAGAGGGACCAGAAACAACCGGACGAUAAAGCCAAGGAGGCAGCAACCGCAGCGGCUAUGAGGCAAGCCGGACCCGAUAAGAAGCCUCAGCUCAAGCCUCAGAAGCCAUUCACACCUCCAGGACCUAUACCAGGGCCAAACGGCCUUAAAAUGCCACCCUUCAUGGAUGGUAUGCCUCACCUACCGUUCGCUCAUCCCUUCAACUUCUGGGGCCCAACGCCUUUCAUAGGCUCGCCAUUUAUGACCGGUGCACCGAAUGUCCCGACUAUGCUACCGGAACAGUACUUCGCGACGCAGAGGAUGCGCGGUCUGCAGGAGCAGCAGAGGAACGCGAUAGUACAGCAACAGAGGGAUAGGGAAGGGAUGAACGUGGCUGCGGAACCGGGAACGUCGAACCAACGAGGUUCUGGUAUGGGGAAAUCAACACGCGAGAUAGCAGAGAGCCUGUAUGACGGAACGGGAGCUAAUGGUAGUUUCCUGGACAACCUGAUCAGGUCCAGUCUCGAGACGGGAAUACCCCGGGACCAGCGAGCUAUCACCGAAGCCAGAAAUCAACAGCAGCAACAACAGCAGCAGCAGCAGCAGCAGCAACAGCAACCUCAGCAACCACACCACCCCGAGGCCAUGAGCAGCAAGGCCUUGAUAGAUCAGCUCUGCCGUAACUCCAGGAGGACACCGCUACCCAGGAUGCCUCAGGAUAGCAGCGAGGACGAGAGCUAUCGGACACCCGGUCGAGUUCUCCCCGAGAGACCCGAGAGGGUACCCACAGUCGAUCUCAGCCCGUCACCCUCGGAACGUGGGCGCGCCGACGAUGGAAGUGAUCGUCUAACCUCACCGCCCACGCCACUCUCGGUCUCCAGAGCAGGAAGCAGGGACGAGGAAACGAGGGAUUCCUUGAGGAUCGACCGUAGUAGCCGGGAACGUGAGGUCCAUAACGGUCAGGAGGACCGGGAUCGGGAAAGAAAGACUUUGACCUUGCAGCAACAGCUGAAUCACUACCCGGACUUACACAACCUCUAUGCCGUAUCAACUGACAAAAAAAGUGCCUGUGAUAGUAAGCUUAUAGUAGAUCAUUCGAGCCAGAAGACUCAGCAGCCGCAGCAACAGCAACAACGACAACAGCAGCAGCAGCAGCAGCAACAACAGCAAAAGGAUUACUCGGCCAUGAGUGGCCUGGUGGUGCAAUUGCAGAGGGGCUACAACACCGGAACAAGCAGGUCCGGUGAGCAGUCGCAGAACAGCCAGCAGCCACAAGAUCGCGGCGCUGUGCUCAGCAUGGAAGACUCCGUAGAGCAGUAGACGAAGUCAGUAUCUUCUCGUAAAGUAUACAGUUACAGUAACGAUACAGUAACCAUCCCAAUAUCCAUAUCCAAUCAUUCGCAUAAACCUACAAAAGUCCGCCUUGUCCGUUCCUUUCGGUUACAAGAAUUAUGAACAAGGAUCCCAAUGAGUUUUGCUAUGCGCAUAAAUACAUAUAUCGUUUCAACAAGACUUUCAAAUACAGUCACAACAGUAUUUACACAAUAUACAAUUUUAUUCCGCUUUAACAUCACAAUGGAUCCUUGUUCACGUUGUGGUACCCAAUGCCUAGUAUAAAGAAUCCCUUGUCUUCACCGUCGUGAGGAUAAGGGAGAUACCAGUCUGCAACAAAUUUUGCGAACACUACACCACUGACCGUAAACAAUAACAACAAGAAAAAUGAUAUCACUGCGAAUCCACCAGUAAAUGCAACGUCACCGUGCAACCGUAGGAGACGCGCGCGAGACUAGAGUCUCUGCGCAGUCGCACGUGCGCGGUAACGACUUUUUCGACUAUGGCGAUUUAAAAAAAAAAAUAUUAAAUAUGUGUAUUAAAACAUAUUACGACACGAAAAUGAAAAACAACCAGACGCGAAACGCUCGUCACGAGCCACGCAUCCAUCUGAAUACCAAUUUUACAGUAAGACAUAUUCGACGAUCCACGUAAUUACACUACACGCGCAUUUCCACAUCGUGACACAUCCGCAUUUACCUCCUAUACCGCAAAAAUAUAUAUAUAUAUAUAUGGAAAAACGAUGAAACACUAGAAACACCCUACAUAACACUUAUCACAUCCAUCGCAGUCCGGCGUAUGUUCGUAGUAGAUAUCUACCUAACACACGUACUCACACGUGGUACGCGCGUAUUAAAAAAAAAAAAAAUAAAAAUGGAGACGCGCAACGUACUCACCGUACUAUGAAAAUAA